AUGCAGGUUGGCAGAAACGGAAGAAAUGCCAGAACAGCAAACAGGCAAUCCCAGGAUAGAAGGAGCAACCCACAAGCUGACAACAGGUCCCCUUUGCUUCUCCAAACCAACCAAAGAAAUGGCAAACCACCUCAGACCCUGUUCAUAACAGCAAACUUUGGGGGUGUUCCGAUCCCCAAAACCAUGGUAGAUGGAGGUGCAGCCAUCAACCUUCUGCCUCACAGAAUGCUGAGCAAAAUGGGCAGAACAGAGAAGGAUCUAAUCCCAACCCGCCUGACCGUCACCAACUUCGCAGGGGGCAUCACCAAAACCCUUGGGAUUCUGGAUGUAGAUGUCUUGGUAGGAAGCAAGAAGCUGAAGGUUGCAUUCUUUGUGGUAGAUACUACUUCCACCACUUACAAUGCAUUGCUUGGCAGAGAUUGGAUUCAUCAGAGUCUGUGUGUUCCUUCCACUCUUCAUCAACAGUUAGCUUUAUGGAACGAAGAUGGCUACAUGGAGAUAGUAGAGGCCGAUCCACGGCCAUUCCUACCUUCUGCCAUGUGUUGUGAGGCAAGGUACUAUCAUGAUGACCUUGGUCCUUUCACUUUCUUUGGAGUCAACCAGAACGGCCGCCCCCAUGGUGUCACGGCCCAGAGACUCAUUGAAGAAGGUCUAACCAAUUCUUUGGAGGAUUGGAACAGACCUUUUGUCCUAAAUUUCCAAAGCACUGAUGUUUAG